UACAAAAGAAGAAGAAAAAACACACGCGUUUCAUCCAUUCCCAGUCAACAGGUGUGUUUUCCCCAACUUCUAUUUUCUUACUCUCACUCUCCAUUGACACUCUCCAGAUUCUUCUCUCUAUUCCUCACGCUGCUCAAGUGCUCAUACACUCUUCUUCACCAACUUCACUCUUCUGUGUUUACUGUUUAGCUUUUACAGCUGCAAUGACAAUGACUUGCAAUAGUUCAACUAAGAUGAGAUGGAAAUAUGAUGUGUUUGUGAGCUUCAGAGGUGAAGACACGCGCAACAAUUUCACUGAUCACCUCUUUGGCACUCUUCAUAAAAAAGGCAUUGUUGUCUUCAGAGAUGAUACAGAGCUCAAGAAAGGGGAACAUAUAUCAUUUGAGCUUUUACAAGCUAUUGAAGCAUCCCGUGUUUUGAUUGUAAUCUUCUCAACAAACUACGCUUCUUCCUCAUGGUGCUUGCAAGAACUCGCUAAAAUUGCUGACUGCAUCCAUGUUCCUGGACAAUCUGUUCUACCUAUUUUCUAUGAUGUCAGUCCUUCUGAGGUACGGAAACAAAGCGGAGAUUAUGAAAAAGCCUUUCAGGUGCAGGAAGAAAGAUUCAAUGAAAAUUUAGAGGAAAUGCAAAGAUGGAGGGGAGCCUUAACACAAGUAGCCAAUCUCUCUGGUUGGGAUGUAAGGGAUAAGCCACAAUAUGCAGAGAUUGGAAAAAUUAUUAAUGAGGUAACAUGCUUAUUGGGAAGCAAAUCUUUAAAUUUACCUAGGGAUUUAGUUGGGAUGCACUCAAGAGUGGAAGAAUUAGAAAACCUUCUGAUUUUGGACUCAGAUGAUGAUGAUGAUGUUCGAGUUGUAGGGAUUUCUGGAAUGGGUGGAAUAGGGAAGACAACUCUUGCUACUGCUUUGUAUGCUAGAAUCUCUAAUCAAUUUGAUGCUUGCUGCUUUAUUGAUGAUGUAAGUAAAAUUUAUGGAGAUCAUGGCCCAAUUGGAGUACAGAAGCAACUUCUUUGUCAAACUCUAAAUGAAGAAAAUCUUCAGAUAUGCAAUCUUUCUAUGGCUUCUAAUUUGAUUCGAACGAGGCUAUGUCGAAUAAAAUCCCUUGUUGUUCUUGAUAACGUGGAUGAAGUUGAACAACUGGAUAAAUUGGAUAUGAAACGAGAAUGGUUAGGCACGGGGAGUAGAAUAAUCAUAAUUUCUAGAAAUGGGCACAUCUUGAGAGAGCAUGGAGCAGAUGAAGUAUACAAAGUUCGACUCUUGGAUCGUAAAUGCGCCCUUCAACUGUUUUGUAGGAAAGCUUUCAAAAGUGAUGAUAUCAUGAGCGGUUACAUAUACUUGACAUAUGAAGUACUAGCGUAUGCCAAUGGCCUUCCCCUAGCAAUUCAAGUGUUGGGCUCAUUUCUGUAUGGUCGAGAUGCCUCUGAGUGGAGAAGUGCACUGUCAAGAUUAAGAGAGAACCCAAUGACAAGUAUUAUGAAUGUACUCCGAAUUAGUUUUGAUGGACUUGAGGAUACGGAAAAAGAAAUAUUUCUUGAUAUUGCUUGUUUCUUUUAUAGAGACACUGAGAGAUACGUGAAGAAAAUUUUAAAUUUUCGUGGAUUUCAUCCUGAAAUUGGUUUAAGAGUUCUUAUUGAUAAAUCAUUCAUAACUUGUGAGAAUCAGAUAAUUUGUAUGCAUGAUUUGUUUAGAGAAUUGGGGAAGAGUAUCGUUAAAGAAAAAUCACCCAAAGAACCAAGAAAGUGGAACAGGUUGUGGGACUACAAGGAUGUCCAUAAUGUUAUCUCAGAAAACAUGGCAACAGAAAACCUUGAAGCCAUAGUUAUGCAGUAUCAUCCAGCAAAUGAUAGAGAAAUACAAAAGAUGACAACAUUGAGGGCCGAUGCUUUAGCACAAAUGAGUCGCCUUAAAUUGCUCAAGCUGGUGAUGUUUAAUUUCUCGGGAAGUCUCAAUUUUCUUUCAAGUGAAUUGGGCUAUUUAUAUUGGGAUAAAUAUCCUUUUGCUAGUUUGCCAUCAAGUUUUCAGCCGAAUAAACUUGUUGAACUGAUCCUUAAACACAGCAACAUCAAGAAACUAUGGGAGGGCACAAAGUGUCUACCUAAUUUGACACAUAUUGAUCUCUCUGACUCAAAAAAUCUUAUUAUGAUGCCAAAUUUUGAGGAGAUUCCAAAUCUUGAGAGCCUAAAUCUUGAAGGAUGUAUAAAACUCGUGAAGAUUGAUCCAUCCAUCGGUACCUUGAGAAUGCUUUCCAGAUUAAAUUUGAAAAAUUGUACAAAUUUGGUCAGUAUUCCUAACAACAUUUUUGGUCUGAAUUCUCUCAAACAUUUAAUUCUCUCAGGCUGUCCAAAUUUAUUUAAUAAUCUGUUAGAAAUACAAAGCCAAAUAGAACAUCCGGAGAAGCUUGAUAACAAGGAAAGUACUACCCAAUACCAACUAACAUCCUUCAUCUACAAAUUUCUAAAGCCACACUUUCAAUUUCUGAUAUUUCGAAAACCUGAAGAGUCAGUUGGUUUAUUGUUGCCUUCAUUGUCUCAUUUGUCAUGUUUGCAAUAUCUUGACCUGAGUUUCUGCAAUCUUCUUAAAAUCCCUAAUGCAAUCGGGUUGUUACAUUGCUUAGAAACCCUUUAUUUGGGGGGUAACAAUUUUGUGACACUACCUUCUAGCAUGAAAGAACUUUCCAAACUUAGAGAAUUAAACUUGCAGCACUGUAAGUACCUGAAAUAUUUGCCCGAGCUCCCAUCAAAAGCUGUUCUGCCAAUAAGAAAAACAUUUUUUGGUAGAUAUUCAGCUGGUUUAUAUAUAUUUGACUGCCCUGGUUUGAUUGAGAUGGAAAGCUGUUAUGGAAUUGCUUUUUCUUGGAUGAUACUACUCCUUCAGGUUCACCUGCAAUCAGACAUCCCAAUAAGUCAUAUGAAUAUUGUUAUUCCGAAAACUCAAAUUCCAAGGUGGUUCAACAAACAAAAUGUAGGUAGUUCAAUAAGUAUCGAUCCAUCAUCCAUUAUGCAUGACAAGAAUUGGAUAGGCGUUGCUUGCUGCUUAACAUUUGUAGCACAUGAUAAUCCGACUAAUUUAAGUGAUGAACUGUCACCUAAUAUUGCGUUUGGUUUUCAAUGUAAACGGCGUGGGAUCUAUCCAAUUAUUCCCAUACGUCUUGGAAAAGAGCUGGUCACAGUUGAUUUAGAUCACUUGUUGCUAAUUUUUUUCAGUAGGGAGGAAUUUAUUGGUAUGAUAAGUGAUAUAACAGAGGGAUUGGAUGAUAUUAGUGGAAUUGAAUUGAAAGCUAUAGUUGAUCAGCCCCUUGGUAUGCACUUGGAGGUAAAAAAUUGUGGUUAUCGUUGGAUAUUUAAGGAGGAUCUGGAACAAUUAAACCCGCAAAUGAUGUACAGCGGAAAUUCGUCUGUUCAGCCAUAUUAUUGAGCUAAUAAUGAAAAACCCAGAAAUUCAAUAGAAUCAGUUUGAUAUUUUGUAUUUUAAAGAUGAUAACAUUGCUUUGUUGUCAGCAUUAAGUAAUUUUAGUGAAAUGAAGUCUUACCUGUUGCAAAGUUUAAUAGUUAGAGAUGAUGUUGCAUUAAGAGAAAAAUACAUUGAACUCUUACAGUUUUCAAUGUUAAAUCAUGUUUGAUUUAGGAGUAGAGUAAUCUAUACACAGCAUUAAUAUUUUAAUUGCUACAUACUACAAAGAUGAAUUGAGUGGUUAUAAUAUUAUGAAUCCAAAGCUAAUUAUCUCAACAAACUCCAGCCGUCUGUAAUGAAGUGUAAAUGACUUUAGAGAUAGAACAUGAUUUUCACAUAGACUUUAAUUUUGAGCUUCCAUGGACUUUGCUUAUGCUUGCCG